AUGGCCUUCGUUGGCAGACGCCGUGAGUCGACCCCAGCUCUUGUCCUCACCCUGGCACGCUUCAUCGUGACCAUCGCGAUUGCUGUAGCACCCGUCAGAGCCUUCCAAGUCCCAGCUUUUCUGAACUGCGACGGGCCACCGUUUGCUGGGACGUGGUCUGUCUUCCGCGAAGCUGCUGUGCUGAAUGCUCGCGCGGGUUAUCCAAGAAAUGAGAGCCUGCGCGACAUGGCUGUUGAGAUUAUAAGCGACUUUGAGGAGAGUAUGAUCGGAGGAGCCAGGGCUUGGGUUGUGCAUCUGCGCACAGCUGCCACGGGUGAUGUCUUCGAGCUCAGGUCACACAGCACAGAGAAGGCGGCUUUCAUGGCGCAGGGGGCACCACAAGGCAAGCCCAGACCCCUGGCUUCGUCCUUGCAGACAUCCCCGCAGGCUAGCCGGGAUCCUCAGGAUCCAAUGGCUUUCUGCCUCUACGGCUACGUGCACGCGCUCUUCGUUGAGUACAGGCAUACUGUGCCGUUUGAGCACCCUGCAGGACCCUCCCUGACUGCAGACGACCCUCGACGGGCCACGUGCCAUGACCGACGACCACUAUUGCAAGUCGCUGAGCAGCUCCUUGGUGGAGAAACAGGUGAAACCGACUUCCUUGAGAGUUCGGAUUGGCCUUUGUCUUCGCUGGACUUGCAUCUCAGCCUGCACGCAUCGUUGGCUUUUCGAUCCUCACCAGACUGUCAUGAGACUUUUGAUCCACGACAAGUCGCCCCAAGGGCUGCUGCACAGGAGCUUCUAUACUCCCCGCAGAGAGCCGUCGCCAAUGCAUGGCGCGUAAAGCCCUUCAGCAUCGCGGCGCUUGGCCUUCACGUUGCAAGCACUUUGGAGCCGGUCGCGGCCCUUCGCGAAGCUGCGCGACGAUCUGGCAUGGAAGGCGGGCUGGGUGUGUUCUAUGCUGGACACCCCUGCUAUGGGCGGCCUGACGACAAGAUGCUGAAGCACGCCUGCAUUCACAAGUGCCAGAUGUUGGGUUCACCAUGCGAAGAUGACGAAGUCGCCGAGUUCCUGAAGCGCAUGUUCAACAGCUCUGGCUUCUAUGAGGAAGUUCCCUGGUCAGUGCCGGAGGCUUUGAGUGAGCUCAGCAGCCUGUGGCGACGGGAGCCUUCCAUCAGCAACGCCGACAUCGUCGUCUGCUCCGGCCCGAUGUCGCUGUGCUACUUGAUUGACGUCCUCGCUCCUUCGACUCCACUUGUGGUGCCGGUCUGCUCCCAGUUGCUUUGGGGAGCUCCCCCAGGCAAAGACUUUCGAGCAAUGCUCUUGGGACACGUCCGCGCCAUGACGCAAAAUCCCAGGCGAGUGGUGGUGGCCUGCAAUGUUUUUGCAGCUUCGCAGUGCCUCUACCAGACCGGUGUCAGCCUUCCGGUUGUCGAGCGUGUGGCACACUACCUCCCGCCGAGUGUGGCCUGGAAAGCCCAAGAAGCAGAUCAUUGGAAGGAGGUGUUGGUCCUGCGAGCACGCUACUGGCACCGGCUCCCGGGGCAGUACUUCAUGGAUGUCCUGGAAGCGUACUUGCGGCUCAACGAAGUCAGCCACAACUACACCUUCGUGAUGGCCGCAUCAUUCGGACCUGACGAGCUACCGCCUCAUGAGAUUGCCAACUAUCGUGCCACGGUCCUCGUCCCCAAUGACUUGACGGUCUUCGCUUUCAUCGAAGUCUACGCACUAGGUGUCCCAAUUUUCGUUCCUCACCCAUCAUGGCUUUACCGCUUGCGACGUGCUGCUCCUUUUGGAUUUCUCCAACCAGCCUUUGUGCUUCCAGAUGUGUCUGAAGUACACCGCAAGUUCAAGUACCCUCCCUUUCUCUCCGGAGAUGGUGGCCGGACCGACCUCUUUACGUUUCUGUUCUGGCAGCAAACGUCGGAGCUUCACUCCCGACCUCACGUUCAGCAGUUCGGCAGCAUCCCGGAGCUGAUCCAGCUCGCCUCCGCGGACGCUGCGGAGCUGCAUGCGAUCAGCCGAGGGAUGGCGGAGCACCUGGCACAGCUUCGCCAGAUGGCCUUGGCCUUUUGGAAGGACACCCUCAAGACUUGCCUGGAUGCUCAGACAGUUCUUACGGCGCAUACGGUUCCCACGACCGAGGGAUCCACCUCCCAUUACACACCCACACACAUCACACACUCCAUCGAUGGGUUCGAGGGGAGACUGGGUGCUGUGGGCACGAUGCUGGACUGCUCGUCGGAAGAACAUGGGGCAUGGAACGACUUUCGGCGAGCUUUUCAAAUAAAUGCAGCGUCCGGCUUCCCGAUAAACUGGGAACUCCAGGCCAUGGCGAAAGCCUUGUGGGACGCCGUUCGAACAUCUCCAGACACCCUGGCUGCUGCAUCGGCGCUGUUCCAUCAGGUUCUAAUCGGUGCGGCCGCUCCGGACUUGGUCUCGAACUCGCGACACUGCCACUACGGACUGGUGGCGGCUCUCUCCGUGCUCUCAAGGCACAGCACAGAUUCGAAAGACCCUCCCGGACAGCCCGGGGAUGGUCCGCAAGGGCAAGUGGGUCGGCAUUACAUGGAGAUGGCGCUGCGCCUGCUCGGUGGUGGCGCUGCCGCACUGGACUUCCUUGAGGACUCCCAGUGGCCCUUGUCAUCGUUGGACAUCAUUUCUUUGCAGAUGUUGAAGAGCUCCUGUCACGAUGGCUGCACCUUGGGUCACAACAUGGGCUCUGCCCAUGCCAGGGCAGUUGUCGAGAGCCUGGUGCCUUGGACAGUUCGUGGCGAGAUGUUUUUGGCCACAGAGGCGGUGGAGAAAGCAUCAAGCUCAUUACUGCUUGGGAUGUGGAAGUUGGCGGUUGUCGGAGCUCAUCCAAGCCUCUGCGCGGACAUUGCAACUGCACUACACUCUGCUUUGGAUGGGCGAUCUGAGCAUCGGUAUUUUGGAUUGAGCUGCCCGAAGCAUCAUGCGGCCUCCCAUCAUUGCAGUUUUCGCUGUGAGGUGCUUGGGCAGUGUGAGAACGACCAAAUAUUCGACCAAAUUCUGAGCCGCAUGAUGAACUGGGCUGAGUUUGAUGAGCUUGAGUACGCUGAGGAGGUCUUGCGCAAGGAGCUUCAUGGCAUCGUGAUGGCGGACAUGUUCUUGCUUCAUGCGGAUCUGCAAGUUUGCACCGGUCCGUACAUUCUCUGCUAUAUGAUGCAGCAAGUCCUGCAUACUCCCUUCCUGGUAUAUUCUGGUUUGGCCUUGACCUACUUAGCAUCCGCGGAGAAGCUUGGGGGAUUGUUGCAAUCUGCCCGCUCGGCAGCUUUGGUGGGUUCAGGUGACGAGACUGCAAGAGCGGCAUUCGUUGUGACAGACUUGGUAAGGGCGGCUCAGUUCCACCACGCCACUGACAUCUGGGUACCAGUGGUUCCUCCGCUCUCUUUAUACCAGAAGAAAGCUCAUUCAGGACAUUUCGCCCUGCAUCCCCGUGCGAUUGCACUUCGUCCAGAGCUCUGGCGUCGUGCUGCCUUCGGCCCUGCGUUUCGGGGUCUGCUCCGCUACGUCGUUCCUGGAGAAACUUUGGUGGCUUUUCAGGCACAUUAUCUUCCUUUGAGUGCAAUUCUGUCCUAUGAUGCUGCCCUGUUAAUUCCGUGGGACAAUGAUGUGAUGUCGUUCUUCGAGUUAUACCACGCUGCCAUGCCGCUGUUGUUGCCGAGCCAGAGGCUCAUGGCCAAGUGGCUCCCUGCUGUGCGGUGGGGUUCCUUGGAGUAUGACCGGGUAGCAGGUGGCGCUCCCAUGUGUUUGGCGGCCUUGGGGCAGACCAAGCAAGGGCGGCAAGCACCUUGGAUGAACCAAUCCACCUUGGCCGCUGCACUGGAAGGAGGAGCUUUGGGAUGGAUUGGGGCCACUGACUACUACCGGCUGCCUCAUGUUCUUCACUUCGACUCCGUCGUAUCUAUUGGAGGCUUGAUGCAGGGGCCACUGCUCCGUGAGGCGAGUAUGAAGAUGAGGACAUCGAGCCAAAGAGUCCGAACACACGCUCUGGCUUUCUACAGCAGCGUUCUGCUGCGCUUGCUCGGAGAGAGGCCUCUGGAAGCGAGCAUCCAAGCGUUUCAAGCACGACGUCAGGCACGGCAAGGGCGAAGUCUGAACGUGGAAGAACGGCAAAGCCGACAUUGGCAGCAACUUCCAGAAGGAGGUACUUGCCGGCAGGGCUUCAUCACACAGGCUGACUUCGCACAGGCUGAUGCGGUGGCGUCAGCCCACUUGGGGCUCAACCAGUGCCUUCAACUCUGCGAUGAGACUGCUGGCUGUGUAAUUGCGGCUUUCAACGGCCUCACCUGCAUGGUGUAUGGCGAGGAAUGUGAGCCUGCCAAUCUGCGUCGUGAAGGAGACCGUGAGCUGUAUGUUGCUUGGAAGCGCAAAUGA